CUACAUUUCUUUGGUGAAAAAAAACCCAAAUUAGCAUUUAUUAUUUAGUCUAUAGGAAAGUUAUAGAGUUCACAAAUUAUGGGAUAUAUCUGAAAAUUGAUCAAUCCUGAAGUACUGACAAUCUAAUUUCUUGAGGCCCAAAAAUGUCAGAACAGUACAGAUAUCCCCCAAAUUAUCCCUUUUUGCAAAGUAGACAGUCUGACGUAUGUCAUAACAGGCAUGGCAAGUUUUUUGAAGUUGUCAUUUUUUUUGUCAUAAAUUUUUGUAAAAUGAAGAAAUUUUCUUUUACAUACUGUCAC